AUGGCCAAGAAACUUGGUAUGGGAUCCUUCGAUGCUAGGCAUGACUCGCCCACUGAAUCCACAGUAGUAGAACAUGCAGGCUUCGCAAGCUUAAAUGUGAGUAUUCUCGGGAUCCAAUCUUCCUUGGUUGACCGUCCUCGAAAAGGUGACGAGGGCACGCCAGUAUGUGGACGAUGUGAGCGAUCAGGCCGGUGGUGUGACAAGACAGGGCCGCUCAAAAUUCGUGUCCAAAAGAAUGUUGGUGGUCAGAAGGGUGACAGAAAUAAAAUAAAUGGCACUGUUACCGUUACAGAGGUGGACGAAGAGCUUCGGGUUACUUUGCAAAGCGACCAGACAGCGCAGCUGUUCGAACACUAUCUCAAAGUUUUGGCUUGCUGGUAUGACUUGAAUGAUUUUGAUUGCUCUUUUGCGAGAAUUGUUGGUCGAGAGGCGCAGCAUAGUGAUCUCCUCCUCAACGCUGUUCUCGCAUUUUCUGCCAUGCACAAAUGCCGAACAGGCCAAUCAUCAUUGAAAGGUUUGGCAGAGAGCUACCAUGCUCGGUGCUUACGCCUCCUCAUCAGACUACAGCAAUCGGAUCAGGAAACGUCGGACGGAACAGCCCUCGCUGCCACGUGUUUGUUAAGGUCUUAUGAAAUCCUUGCUGGUGAGUGGAGUGGCCAGGUAAGGGCUAGAGAAGUUUCUGUUACUGAUCAAUUAGAGGAGGAUGACCCUAAUCGUCACUUGUUUGGGGCCUUUUCUCUCCUUCCAGACCUUAGUUCAACGCUACCGAGCAAGCCACUUCUGCUUGCGGGACUCUGGAACUACCUCCGCGAAGACAUCACAUUUGCGCUGAUCAAUAGGUACCCCCUCAAGACAAAUAUAGGCAGUGUUCGCAUUGGUGUGUAUCGAGAUGACGACUAUGCAAGUCAGAUCACCCUCCUUCUCGCCCGAGUGAUCAAUAAGGUAUUUCUUGACAUAGAAGACGAUGGAGUUACCCUACGCAAGGAAUUGAGUGAAUGGCGUUCAAGCCUACCAUUCGAACCAUAUCACGAGACGUCUCAAGAUGAAGGGUUCCCUAGGAUUCUCAUGAUUCAUGUUUGCCAAGGUGGGUUGGUAAUGGAGGACACCACCGACAGAGCUGACAUCGAUAGUCGCUGCGUUACAAUACUACCAUGUCGCUGUGAUGUUGCUCGACAGAAGCCACAUCUCAACAAUCGAGCUGGACCGGCAUGCGCGGAUAAUCUGUGGGCUUGCCUUGUCCUCGAAAAACGACGCUGUUUUCGUCAAUUCAUAUGGUCCGAUUUGCUUCAGUAG